AUGGCCAGCAGUAGAAGCUGCUCAGCUGAUGCUGGUGCCUGUGCCCUUCGAAGGGGGAGACUCGGCCUCGUCGCCCCACUUCACUCCGUAUGGCAACGAGGCUCCAAAAAGCCUCCGCAGCAUCGCGGAACCGGAGUCUUUGAAGAAGCUUCAGCACUGGCUCGGUGGAUACUGGUUCUGGGGACCAGCCAACUAUCCCUUUGCAGGAGGAGGCGUUGCACCAGAUCGUCGAGAGUGUGCAGCACGCUCACCAGGAGAGUUGCCCGAGGAAAGGAGGACAAAGGCAGGCUCUUAGCGAGAGAUCCGCCAGAGAUCUCUGAUUCAUCGCUUUACUGCCCGAUUUGCAAAGUGCAAUGCACCAGCACUGCCAUGCUGGCGCAGCAUGUCGCGGGAAAGCGGCACAAGAAGAUGUUGAAACGGACAGGUCUGCCGGACAUCUACGUGCCGGAGGCAUACAUAGGCAAAAGCGCUGCAAAAAGCAAUCAGAAGAUGAAGAAUCAGAAGCAAUGGCGUCGGCUGGUUUCCAAAAGAGACCUUUCGGCCCUCCUGGCGACUGUGAGAUCAGACCGACAGGUGUCAGCCGUGGGUGACCUGCUUUUGGUGGCAGCUGCAGUUGGUGGAGCUCAAGAGUUCGCAGAAGUCUUGGACUUGGUGGUCGAGCGCAACUCGAGGAUCAACGUAGCAACAUACCACCAGGUCCUGACGGAACUAUUGUUUCGGGUGCCCACACCGGUCGCCAUGGUGCGCUUGGCUUUAAAUCUGACCAUCCGCAAGCCCGACGAUAUUGUUCCUCUUCUUCCUGAUGGCCUCGGGGAUGGACCGAGUGAAGUCGAACUGUUCCGAGGCUGCUGCCCACGCGGAGAAGUCGCCGACGGCUCAGGUUCCAUCGAGAGCACAUGCGAUGUGCUGCAAGGCGUGGUGAUAGAAGAUCUUCUGGCAAGGGUUGAGCUUCCAGAUUUUGCUGCUGGCUUUGUGGACUACUAUUCCCAUUUCAUUCCAAUACUUCACUUGGAUUUCUUGGAGGAGCUGAUGCAGAAGCAGCGAACGUGGGAAAAGCCCCAGUCCUUUCUGGUUGAGUCCGGCAACGCGGCCCUGCAACUACAGCCAGAGCCUAGUGAUGACGGCAAGGUGUUAGUGCUGCGAAAAACUUCCACAUCUCUAGCCAGAGGAUCAAAGAUCGACGUAUCCCCAGGAAACUCAUUCGUGCUUUCAAAGGCUGGAGUGAGUGUGAUACAUGGUGGAGCCAUUUGUUUUGCACAGACUGUUUACUUUGCCUCAGCAGUAUCAUCAGAUGCUGAAACUGGGCUAAGCGAUGCCGAAUUCGCAUUGGCAUUGGAUGUCGGUGGAAAAGACAAAGUGCGACAGAUCUGCCGCCAGGAGGAGCUUGUAGAUGUAUACUCCGCGAUAAACAUACCUGCUUAUCAGCGCCAGCUUGCAGCACUCGGGGAGAUUGCACAGAGAGCACAGACGAAAAGGUUGCCACUGUGGGAAUUGCUACCUUUGAGUGGAGUUGGUGGUGACAUCGUGGAUUCAUGGGCGACCAAGAUGCGAAGCAAGCUGCAGAAGGCGAAGGCAGAAGGCAGGGUUGGCACCCGCAGCCUGCCGAAUGCAGAGAACGAUGUAAACAUAUUGAAGCUUAAGUCCUUGGCUGAGGAAGAUCUCAGCCCUUCAGGCAUGCGAUUGGAACCUUCAGCAGAGCUCAACGCUUCCCAGAGAGAAGCAGCAGUAGCCGCACUGCAAAGGCGGCUUACGGUGAUCCAAGGGCCACCUGGCACUGGUAAAACCCACGUGUCAGUCGAAAUUCUUCGACUUUGGUCGCGUGCAGGAGUGAGGCCUAUUCUUGUAUCGUCCCACAACAAUGUUGCAGUGGACAAUAUCGCAGAAAGUGCUUAUGCAAAAGGCUUGGACGUCGUUCGCCUAGCCAAGCCAAGCCGCAUAAGCUCUGCUUUGGAUCGAUGUUCAUUGGACUCCAUUUUGCAAGAGACCUGCGGCGAUUACAUGGAUGGAAGUGAAAGGUAUGAUGCAACACGACGGAUCCUUAAACAAGCCGAUGUUGUUUGCGUCACAACAAUCGCAUCAGCAACCGCACUUCUCAAGCGCCUGCAGUUUGGCGCAAUCUUAAUGGAUGAGGCUGCUCAGACCACGGAGCUUUCGGCGCUGGUACCUCUUGCCCAUCUCCGCGCAGACCGCCUGGUCCUUGUUGGUGACCACUGCCAGCUGCCGGCUGCCGCCCUAUCACUCGAGGCCGAGACGCGCGGCCUGACUCUUUCCCUCUUCCAGCGCUUGGUUCUUAGAGGCUUUCCUUCUUUCUUUCUCGAUACGCAGUUCCGCAUGCAUCCAAGCAUUGCGGAGCACAGUUCAGAUGCGUUUUACGACGCCAAGCUGCUUUCUGGGGUUUCCGCUGCCAUGCGGCCUCCACCUGCAGGCUUCGAGUGGCCAUGCUCUACCGAAGGAAUAGCAGUCAUAGACACGGGUCGUGACAACGAUUGUUCCGAAGAGAGGAAUGGACAAUCAUGGUGCAAUCCUGGCGAAGCUGUGCUGCUAACCCAGAUUCUGAGUAGCGUGCUGGACGCAGGCGAGCUACAAGCAUCUCAGAUUGGGGUAGUUACUCCGUACAUGGGCCAAGUCCGCACACUUCGGCGCCUUAUUCGCAAAUACUUGAGGCUGAGCCCUGAAGCCUCGAAAGAGCUGCUGGUUGCUUCCGUCGACUCGUUUCAGGGCCGCGAAAAGGAGUUGAUUCUGUUUAGCUCCGUGCGCUGCAAUCGUGGUGGGAGCGUGGGCUUCCUGGCUGACUGGCGCCGCUUGAAUGUCAUGCUCACAAGGGCACGGCGAGGCUUGAUAAUCGUGGGCAACUAUUGGACUCUGAGAGCUGACCCGUAUUGGCGAGCUUACGUAGAUUGGGCAAAGAAAAGGGGAUAUGCCCUUGACUUCAAUCUGCCACAGGCCGCGUAA